AUGGCAUUUGCAGAUCUUCUUGAUCGACUGGGUGGGGUUGGUACAUUUCAGAUUGUGCACAGUAUAUUUCUGGCAUUUCCCGUCCUCAUGGUGGCAACUCACAACUUUCUACAGAACUUCACCGCAGCUUUCCCAGCUCACCAUUGUGAACCAAAACCCGGAAUAAAUGGCACUGAGAGUUUAACUUACCAUGAAUUGUUAAGGAUAACUGUGCCCAAUGAUCAGAAGGGCCAGCCAGAGAAAUGCAGGAGAUUUACUGAACCCCAGUGGAGCUUUCUUCAUCCCAAUGCCACCCUGCCAAAUGUCACAGGAAUAGAAACAGAGUCUUGUGUUGAUGGAUGGGUGUAUGACAAAAGUGUUAUCCGGUCAUCAAUCAUCACAGAGUGGGAUCUGAUAUGUGACCUGCGUCCCAUGAAGCAGAUGGCACAGUCUGUGUACAUGGUUGGCGUUUUGCUGGGCGGAGCAAUUUUUGGAGGCCUUUCAGACAGGUUCGGUCGUCGGACAAUCCUCAUCUGGUCAUACAUGCAGAUGUCAGUAGCCGGUUCUCUUGUUGCUUUCCUGCCUAACUUCCCAUGCUAUGUAUUCUUCAGACUUAUUAGUGGAAUGACUUUCUCCAGCGUCUUACUUAACACACUCUGCCUAAUGCUGGAAUGGAUGCCAGUCAAAGGACGUACUCUCGCUGGCACAUUCGUCGGAUACGUUUUCACUUCUGGUCAAAUGGUGCUAGCAGGACUGGCAUAUGCUAUUCGUGACUGGCGCUGGCUGCAGUUUUCUGUCACCGCUCCUUUUUACGUUUUCUUCAUAUAUUCAUGGUUCCUGCAGGAGUCUGGUCGCUGGCUUAUUUUAAAUGGGAAGACAGACCAAGCACUGACUAAUCUUCGACGUGUGGCAAGAAUGAAUGGCAAGCUUGAAGAGGGACUUAAGAUGACUAAAGAUGAGAUGAUUGCGGAGAUGCGACAUGAAAUUUCUAACAGAAAAUCUUCUCACACCUUAUUGGACCUAGUGCGAACUCCAGGAAUGAGACGUAUCACGGGGUGUUUGAUGAUGGUCUGGUUCUCCACAAGUUUUGCAUACUAUGGCCUGGCUAUGGACCUGCAGAAAUUUGGAAUCAGUGUCUACCUUGUGCAGUUCUGUUUUGGUGCCAUUGAUGUCCCAGCCAAGUUUGUGGCAGCCUUAAUAAUGAGUUAUGUAGGACGACGAGUGACACAAGCCACUUUCCUUAUCCUUGCUGGUACCAUGAUCAUCAUCAAUAUUUUUGUACCAGUAGACAUGCGAGUACUGAGAACAGCAUUGGCUGCCCUUGGUAAAGGAUUCUGUGCCUCGGCCUUCAUGUGUGCCUACUUGUAUUCUGGAGAACUCUUCCCCACCGAAAUACGGCAAACUGGCAUGGGAUUUUCAGAUGUCAAUGCUAGAGUUGGUUCUGUUGUGGCACCAGUGAUUCAUUUAAUUGGCGAUCACAUCCCUAUCCUACCAGCCAUCAUCUUUGGUACAGCUCCCAUUCUGUCGGGUAUUGCUGCUUCAUGUUUGCUUACUGAGACCCGCAACCAGCCUCUGACUGAUACCAUACAAGAGGUGGAGGAAAGGUGA